CAAUUUGCAAUGAAUAAUCACCAUCCCAUUUCCAGGAGUUUGUCCCCUUUCUUCCCUUCACAGAUCACACAGUUUAUGGCCAGUGAGAACCAGACAAUGGUCACUGAGUUUCUCUUCUCCAUGUUCCUGAAUCUGCAUGAAAGUGGUCUAUUAUUCUUUAUUCCAUUGCUUCUCAUCUAUGGAUUUAUCAUAACUGGGAACCUAGUGAUAUUCAUUGUCAUCCAGGUGGACACGGCCCUGCACACCCCCAUGUAUUUCUUCAUCAGUGUCCUCUCCUUCCUGGAGAUCUGGUAUACCACAACCACCAUCCCCAAGAUGCUCUGCAGCCUUGUCAGUGAGCAGAAGACCAUUUCUCUGGCUGGCUGCCUCAUGCAGAUGUACUUCUUCCACUCUCUUGGGAUCACAGAAGGCUGUGUCCUGACAGCGAUGGCCAUUGACAGAUACAUAGCUAUCUGCAAUCCUCUCCGUUACCCAACUAUCAUGACUUCCGAUCUUUGCAUCCAGCUGACAGCUGGCUCCUGCCUCUGUGGCUUCCUCCUUGUACUCCCCGAGAUUGCGUGGAUUGCCACCCUGCCUUUCUGUGGCUCCAAUGAGAUCCAUCAGAUCUUCUGUGACUUCACACCUGUACUGAGCUUGGCCUGCACAGAUACAUCCUUGGUGGUCAUUGUGGAUGCUAUACAUGCGGUGGAGAUCCUGUCCUCCUUCCUGGUCAUCGCCCUAUCGUACGUCCGGAUCAUCAUGGUGAUUCUGCGGAUACCCUCAGCCGAGGGCCGCCACAAGGCCUUCUCCACCUGUGCUUCCCACCUUGCAGUGUUCUUGCUGUUCUUUGGCAGUGUAGCUGUCAUGUAUUUGCGCUUCUCAGCCACCUACUCAGUGUUUUGGGACACAGUUGUUGCUGUCACCUUUGUUAUCCUGGCUCCCUUCCUCAACCCCAUUAUCUAUAGCUUGAGAAACAAGGACAUAAAAAUUGCUAUCCAGAGGCUUUUCUGCUGUCAGAAGAGAGCAGGAAGGAUUGGGAGCUAG